CGACAUUCAAAUGAUCGAUAUAUAAAUUAUUAUUAAGCUACACACACAUGACGACAUGACACACAUAGGUACUGAGUACUAAGGGUACAAAAUUAAUGUUCUUUUUUUUUUUAAUAAGACGAUAUUUAUACUUUAUAUCGCAAUAAGUAAUUUAUAACAUUGUGUCAAGCUGUUUUAUUAAUAAAUUCUUGAAUGUUUAACUAAAAAUUAAAUUGGUGAUGAUUGCAAAUGUCAUUAAAUAGAUAAAAUUAAAGGUUAUUGUUUUUAUUAUUAUUAUUGUUAUUAUUAUUUUUUUUUUUUUAUAAUACUGAGUAUGCAAAAUAAUAAAGGAGGUUUGUCGUCGUCCUCCUCCUCGUCAUCCUCAUUAGAAGAGUUGGAUAAAUUAAGAGUCGGAGAAAAAUCUAGAAUCAAUAGUUUCCGAGUUAAAAAUCUGACAGAAGAUAUGCCGAAGAAAGAAGAAAAUCCAUUUAGUUUCAAACAUUUUUUGAAAAAAGAUUCUUCUUCCUCAUCUUCUAGUUACCAACAUGCUGGUGCAAGACCAAAAGUUUACACUAGCCGGUUAAAUACGACUGUUAAUUCAGUGGUGGCUGAUACUGUUGCCAAUACUAUUGCUGGUACUGAAACUGAUGGUGGGGAUGGUAUUUAUGCUAGAAAUCCUACAGAAUUGCCGGAUUUUGUUCAGGAUCAUUUGGUUAUUGAACAGUGUUAUCUUAACCAUCAAGAUGCAGCUUCUGGUACUCAGAUGAUAUCUGACAUUGAUAAUUUACCAGAUUUUGCAUUAAACAGCGUUGAAUCACGGCCAUUGCGACAUCGAAAUGAAAUAAUAAAGAAUGAUAAUAAUACUGGGAAUUUGCCCUUUGAUUUGACAACAACAGGAAAUGUUGAUAAACGAAAUCGUUCAGAUUUAGAAACUACUUGUAAUUAUCGUAUAUUUAAUAAUGGAUCACAUGGAACACAUGGAUUACCUGGAUCAUCUGGUGAAGGAGUACGAGAACAAAUUAAUUUUCCACUUGAUUUACCAUUUGCAGGACCUUCUGAUUUAAAUAAUAUGGAGAUAAUAAAUUCAAAUGAAACUAUUGAUUCACCUGGAGGAGACAAUGGAAUUAUUACAAAGUCAUUACCAGAUUUUUUGAAUGACGGACCCAUAAGAAAUAGAGUUGUUGUUGUUCCUCAGCCAGACAAUGAUGUUACAAUAAAUAAUAGUGAAUCUUCAAAUCCUCCUCUCCAUUUAGAAGUAGAAAUGCUAAGACACAAUCUUGAGAUAGCGCGUAGACAAAAUAGUGAAAAAAAUAGAAGAAUUCAAUUACUGGAAGCAGAAUUAGCAUCUAGAAGAGCUGUUGAUUAUGAAGAAACCGCGCACUUGGAAAAAGCUAUGGAACAAGUUGAAGAUAAUUUAAAACGUAGUACGAGAAGAGCUGUUAAUGCAGAAAGUGCUGUCACGACAUUAAAACAACAAAUAAAAGAACUAACGACAGAAAUUUCAGUACUGAGAAUAGAAAACAGAGAAUUAAAAAGUGCUAUAGGCGUAGGUUGUAGUUCUAGAUCAAUAGAUGGUGAUAAAAAAAUUUUUAGAUUAGCUGGAGAUUUAAAGGAAGCCGCUUCAUCUGCCGAAUCUUAUCUUAGGCAACUAAUGUCCGGAGUAGACAAUUUAAAAAUAAUAGCUUCAACACUGGAAAAUUUCGACAGGAUAGAGGAUCGAACCAAAGAUCUGCUACCGGACUUUGAUGAAGACAACGCUGCCGGACCGGCAUUAUAAUUUAGUGUCAUGUUUAUCAAUAGCUUUACAUUAUUUUUUUCCCUCAAUUAAAACAACGGUUUUAAAUAUUCUAAACACUUAAUUUAUUAUUAAGAAACAUAUAAUACUUUUGUACAUAAAUAAUAAUGAUAAUAAUAGAGCG